AUGAACUUCGUUAUCGAAGUUCAGAGAAGACGAGAGGAUGAAGGUGUGAUUGGCGGAAGAUGGUGUGGAACGAAGAAACCUCAAAGUCAAGAAACUAGGGUGAAAUUUGAACUUGAAGACAUAAAGGAUGAAGUAUCUUAUUGGAAUUUGGCUAUUGUCUAUUAUGUUCUAGGAGCGAAUCCACCGUUACCAGUGAUAAAAGGGUUUGCAAGAAGAAUCUGGAAAACAAAAAGUGUUGAUAGAAUAAGCAUGCUGGCCCAUGGAUUUUUCAUAGUUCAAUUUGGUAAUAUUCAAGCGAGAAGAUAUCCAUCCAAUACCAAUUUGGAUAAGGCUUGA